AAACGAAGCUUCGAGAUUAUUUCCUAGAGACAACUCUAAAUAGAAAGAGUGUAACUUCUAAAGUAAGAUUAUUGCCUCAAUUAACCAAAGACUUAAGAGAGUAGUAGUAAAAUUCAACAAACAAAGUGGUUCUCAAAAAAAAGAUCGUCGCCUUCCUUAGAGAAUUCUAUUUCAUUAUUUUCAGAAGGAAAAAAAAAAAAUGAUGUCGAUCGUGGGUUACGAAUUUCGUCCCACCGACGAGGAACUCGUAGGAUUCUACCUACGAAACAAACUGUUGGGAAAUUCAUGCCUCAUAGAAGCUAUAGGGGAAUUAAACAUUUACCAAUUCGACCCCUGGGAGCUACCUUCCCAAUCGAUGAUGCGAUCCAACGAUACGGUUUGGUUUUUCUUCUCCGGCCGAGAAAUCACAUUCGCCAUAAGAAAUCGGCAGAGCAGGACUACGGCUUCCGGUUACUGGAAGAUCACCGGUCAACCAUCCGUAAUCAAAGAGCGAUCUAUCUUUCAACGCGUCAUCGGACAGAAGAAGACUUUGGUUUUCCACAAAGGGAAAAGCCCAAACGGUGAGAGAACUCAUUGGAUUAUGCACGAGUAUUCCGAUUUGUCGUUGCCGGAGAGUCAGAGGACCCAUGUCGUCUGCAAAGUUGAGUAUACGGGCCACGACGUGGAGUCUGUUCUUGUUGAUUACGGUCCAUCGGAUUUUGGUUUGUUGCCUAGCCUGACUCAAGAAGAUUGGGACUUUGCAUUUUCUGAUUAAAGUCUAGAUUAAUUAAUUAGCGACAUAAUAGAAAGACUUCGUGUUUAUACCUUUUUCUA